GUGCAUAUACAGUUUCCUAAUGGUGUGCAAGCAUGGCAUCUGGUGGAAGACCCGAAAGACUCGCUCCACCUGAGAUAUUUUACAAUGAAGAUGAAGCAAAGAAAUAUACAUCAAAUAUGGAGGUAUCUUGGAAUUCCUGUCUCUUCUGUCCUCACACUCGUAUGAUAGAGAUUCAGAGCCAAUUGUCUGAGAGAGCUCUGGAGAUACUUCGACUUCCGGAUGAGCCAUGCUAUAUUUUGGAUGUUGGGUGCGGAUCAGGUUUGAGUGGUGAGACAGUCACGGAACAAGGUCACUACUGGGUCGGCAUUGACAUCAGCUCACACAUGUUGGACGUUGCUGUUGAUCGGGAGGUGGAGGGGGACCUGCUAUUGGGAGACAUGGGAUAUGGAAUACCUUUUAAACCAGGCACAUUUGAUGGGGUCAUUAGUAUAUCAGCUUUGCAGUGGUUAUGUAAUGCUGAUAAGAAAUACCACCAUCCUCCAAAGAGAAUACUCAAGUUUUUCACGUCGCUGUAUGCGGCAGUAACCAGAGGUGGUAAAGCAGUGUUUCAAUUAUAUCCUGAAAACAGUUCUCAGCUGGAACUGAUUACACAGCAGGCCAUGAAGGCAGGAUGGACGGGAGGCCUAGUGGUGGACUACCCCAACAGUACAAAGGCCAAAAAAAUGUUUCUGUGUUUUGUUUGUUUAGACAGUUUUAUGUUUGUUUUUGUAGAAAGUUUCUGUGUUUAUUUAGACUGUUUUAUGUUUGUUUUUGUAGAAUGUUUCUGUGUUUUGUUUGUUUAGACAGUUUUAUGUUUGUUUUUGUAGAAUGUCUCUGAGUUUGUUUAGACUGUUUUAUGUUUGUUUUUGUAGAAUGUUUCUGUGUUUUGUUUGUUUAGACAGUUUUAUGUUUGUUUUUGUAGAAAGUUUCUGUGUUUGUUUAGACUGUUUUAUGUUUGUUUUUGUAGAAUGUUUCUGUGUUUUGUUUGUUUAGACAGUUUUAUGUUUGUUUUUGUAGAAUGUUUCUGUGUUUUGUUUGUUUAGACAGUUUUAUAUUUGUUUUUGUAGAAUGUCUCUGUGUUUGUUUAGACUGUUUUAUGUUUGUUUUUGUAGAAUGUUUCUGUGUUUUGUUUGUUUAGACAGUUUUAUGUUUGUUUUUGUAGAAAGUUUCUGUGUUUGUUUAGACUGUUUUAUGUUUGUUUUUGUAGAAUGUUUCUGUGUUUUGUUUGUUUAGACAGUUUUAUGUUUGUUUUUGUAGAAAGUUUCUGUGUUUGUUUAGACUGUUUUAUGUUUGUU